UAUGUGCCCAGCUGCCCAUGUUGAUGUCGUUGCUCUUCGCCUCUUCCAAUGUCCGACGCCUACCUCAACUACGACGCGCUUAAGCUGCCUGCGCACAUCGAGACGGUGCUGCUCACAGGCGCCGGUGGCUUCGUCGGACGCGAGGUCACAAAGCUCAUGCUCAACCUUUACCCUGCCCUCCGGAUAAUCACCACCGACAUUGUCGAGCCGCCGCGCUUCACAGACGAUGCGCGGCUGCGCGUCGUCAAGGCUGACCUGGGGGAUGACGCGCAGAUCGAGAGCCUGUUCAAGGGCGAGAAAGUGGGCGGCCUGAUCGCGUUGCACGGCAUCAUGUCCGGCGGUUCCGAGGCAAACUUCGAGCUGGGGUACGCCGUCAACGUCGACAGCCACGUCGCGCUGCUCAAAGCCGCACGGCGGCACGCGGAUGGCAUCCUGGGCCGUCCGAUGACAUACGUCUUCGUCUCAAGUCUGGCGGUGUAUGGUGGGGACAAGUGCAAGCCGACAGACCGCGUGAUUCCGCCAGACACCCCCAUCAUCCCCGGCACGAGCUACGGCGUGGAGAAGACCAUCGUCGAGCUGUACGCGUACGACUACGGCCGGCGGGGAUACCUCGACACGCGCUCGUGCCGCCUCCCAACGGUCGCGAUCCGCACCGGCGCGCCGAGCACCGCCGCGUCGUCCUUCAUCUCGGGGCUCAUCCGCGAGCCGCUGCAGGGCAUUCGCAGCGUCUGCCCCAUCGCCGAGUCCGAGGACGACCCGAUGCUCGACGGUAUGCCCGUGUAUCUCACGCGCGCCAAGACUGUUUUCCGCAAUAUCGUCUGGGGACUCUGCAUGCCGGCGGAGAACUUCAACUUUGGGAAGGGCGACCGCAGCAUCAAUAUCCCCGGCAUCCGGGUCACGCCGAGGCAGAUCCUCGCCGCGCUCAAGGAACAUGCGGGCGAGGCGGGCAUGCAGCUCGUCGAGUAUAGGAAGGACCCCGCGGUCAUUGCCAUCUGCGAGACGUGGGCCGGGGACUACGACUCGAGCGCAGAGAUCAAGCAGGGCUUUGUCGUCGACGACGUCGAGACCGGGUUCUCGGCCGCCGUGCAGGACUUCAAGGAGGAGCUGGCGGCGGAGAAGAAGUAGGACUGUAUCUAGGAAUGCAUGGGUGCGGGCAGGGAAAGCGCUUGCGCUGGAGCGAGAGGUGGGGUGGAUGAAGCUGCACCAAAGAGCGCGCACGAGCCC